AAAUGACAAAUUAAAAAGUUUUUAUUUUUCUUAUAUUGGUACGAGAUUUUAUUGAUUGUUUUCUUUCAUAAGAUUUUCGGCCAGACGGCGACUGAAAUUGCAAGUUACUGUGAUAUAUUUAUUUUCAAUAAUUAACUAUUCUUAUCAACCAAUUAAAUGAGCAGGGAUAUCGAGUUAUGUCUAUAAGUAAUGGAAGGUACAGAACUGGGUGGCGACCAGCAAUUUUGUUUGAGAUGGAACAAUUUUCAAGCGAAUAUAACUUCUCAAUUCGAGGCAUUGCGCGAUGAUGAGGACUUCGUGGAUGUCACCCUGGCAUGUGAGGGGCACCGGCUGGAGGCACAUAAAGUGGUUCUUUCGGCAUGUAGUCCAUAUUUCAAGGAAUUAUUUAAAAACAAUCCAUGUCCUCACCCUAUAAUAUUCAUGCGCGACUGCGAGGUGUCGCACGUGCGCGCGCUGCUACAGUUUAUGUACGUGGGACAAGUGAACAUAGCGCAGGCACAACUCAGCGCUUUCCUACGAACUGCCGACGCGCUGCAAAUUAGAGGCCUCACAGACUGUUCACAACACAACGACAAAAAAGUGAAUCGAAAAUCACCUCCUUCCCAACUACGUAAUUUGCUCAGCGCCAAGCCGUCACACUCUACCUCCUCUUCCAAAGCCGCAAACCAAAAUGUCGAGACGACAUCUGUUGAAGACCAAGAACAAAAUACAAGUCGUCGCUCCACGAGAAAUUCUCCCGAUGUUGCCAGAAACAAUCUCAAUGAAGAAGCUCCUUUUCAAACUUCUAGUCAAAUGAGGCCUAAUAAUGAUGACUAUAGAGAAACUCCCAAUUACCCAGCUCUAAGGGUAAAAACUGAUCUCGAAGCCCCUGAGGUGAAAAAUGAAGAGAGUGAUAUACUUAUGGACCCUGGAGACCCUGAAAGAACAGACAAAUGCCAAGAAUUCAAUGCAACCGAUCUUCUGGAACCAAAAAUGGAAGUAAUGGAACAAGAGGCCAGCGACGAGGAGCGUUCGAACUUCCCACAGAUCUACUACAACGAGACCAACGCGCUCGCGAAUCCAUUUGCUGCUCUGCAAGGUAAUAUGGAUCUGAUGGCCGGGAUGAACACGGAGCUGCGAGACGAGAACGCGGAAGCUGUAGGAAGGUGGGAUGGUAGACGCAACCGUCCGGUCCCAGACGCCGUCUGGCUGGAGCAACACCGACGCGCCUUGCCCUUCGUCAUCAAGCGAGAGAACGAACGAGGAGCCGCCGCACCUAGACUUAUAAAGUUGGGUGAGGGCGUGGAGAUACGCGAGGAGCUGUUGCGCGGCGUGAAGUGGGGCGACUACCGCAAGGUGACGCGGGGGCUGGCGGCGGCGCUGUUCUCGCCCAUCGAGCUGGCGACGUGCUCGGUGACGGGGCAGCGCUGGUCGCGCGCGGGCCAGGAGUCGCGCCCCACCAAGCCGCCGCUGGACCGCCGCCGCGUGCACGCGCUCAUCUCCUACGUCAGCCGCCACUUCCCCGACGUCGAGGUCAGCAGGAUCAAGCAGGUGCUCGCCUACAAGUGCAAGGAAAACUGCGCCGCGCUCAGGAUGAGGACCGCCAGGCUGUCGAACUGUUUCAGCGAUUCGACCAACUACUUGCUGAGCGCGGCCGCGCGGCCCCCUCCCUGCGACGUCGACACGCCCGGCGGCAGUGCGCGCUCCUCCUACUCUAACUAUGAUGCCUCGAAAGGUCCGGGCGGAGGAGGCGCGGGUUCGGGUACAGGCGAGUUCUCGCGGGGCGCGGGGGCGGGGGGCGCGGGCGCGGACGAGGACGGCGAGGCGCAGUGAUGGCCGCGGUGUUGCAUAUCAAUUUCAUAAUCUUGUUAUUUUUUACCAAAAAAAGAAGAGAAAAUAAAGAUACUCGUCGCUCUCGAGGCGCGUUCGUAGGUCGCGGCGCGCCGGCUCGGUCGCGGACGGGCUCCCGUCGAUCGUUUGGAAAGAUUUAUAUUUAUUUGCGCGGCGACGCGACCACGAACGACGACGGUGAGUUGCCCGUGUAAAAUAUUCAUAUUUAUUUAGGUGAUAUUUUUCUAUUGGCUACUGAUAAGAUUUUAUCUCGUUAUGUAUCUGCCGGCCGCGCCGGGGAUGCAUUGUCGUUUGUAAGGAAGGGGAGUGGAGUCGUGCCCGAAGCUCUAGCAAUAAUUUAUCAGGUUCCUAAGACAUGUUUUGUAGUUAGAUUCUAUUUGCACCAAUUUUCGCAAACACUGCCGCUUUAUUUCUAAAUUUUUUUAUAGACAUGAGUCAGUCGUUUUAUUGCUUUCUAUAUUUUAUGUUUAAAUAUAAAUCGAGUCAUUUUCAACGUUACGUUAAAAUUUGUAUAUGAGGCAUUUAAGUGCUGUACGAGGGACCGUUGCAAUUGCAAAGUAAAUAUAUCAAAAUGGCAUAAUUUUUAGAGCUAUCUUAUAGAUAUUAUAGUCAUUUCGUUUUAUAGGUGUAAAUGAUAAUAAAGAAUUUAUUUUGGAGCGUCAAGGUUUGGAUAUUGUAAAGUCUUUGGAGAGCUGUGAUCAUGAUGGAUAUAAAGCAGUCAUAUUUUUAAAAUAUACAUUUAAGAGUUAUAACGUAAUUAUAAUAUUGUACAGUCGGUCUGUAUGAUAAGGUGACGUAAGAGUAUCAGUGGGGGGACGAGGGGUGCCGCGGAGCGCGCCUAGCGCAGCCCGCGCCCCCGCGCCUCCCUGCCUGACCAUCUGCCACCAGAUGUAAUUAUCAUAUCAAAAAAGCAAUAACUAUUAUUUGAUAAAGAAACGAUUUAUUUCAUUUUUAAAUACUAUUUUAACCAAGUUGUUAUAAAUGUAGUUAGUAAAUUGGAAAGAUCUCUUGAGAAGUCCACGGUCAUAUAUAGUUCUUUUGAACGAUAACUAAAUUCUCAUAAUGAUAAAGUCUCACGUUUACGUCAUAUCAAUUUGUAAUACUUAGUUUUUUCACUAUUUUGUACAUCUUGUACAAAUAACAUAAUCAUUAUGUACGGAUCACUGAAACGGACAUAUAACCCGUUGCAAGGCUCGCGAUAGCAGACGCAGCGGCAGGCCAGGACUCGGUGGUGGUUGCGUGAGACGAGAGGAUUGGUCCGGUCGUGGGCUGCCCUGCAGGGUGACGUCACUCGGUCGUAGUGUUGGUCGAUGUACAAAUAGUUGCCGUUUCCGUGGUCCGAGUCGUGUACACUACACAGUACACUUCGCACAUCUUUAGCAGUCAACUGUAAGAGAUUGGUGUACCUAUAAUAAGUUACAGUUACCAGAGUUAGGAUAUAUAAGUAGUCACGCAGUGCUACGUAGUAAAAUCUUACUAUUAUGUAAUAUUUUACGAUGCCAAUUGAAAGUCUUAAUGCUCAAUUUUGCCAAAUUUUACUUGCCGAGAAUGCGUCUUGUCUAUUAAUUUCGUGUUUUUACGUUUGGUAUAGCACACAUUCCCGUUACUAAAACACCUUUAGGUAUUUGAAAGUGAGAAGGGAAUGGACAGAUUGCUCAAUAUAUGAAAUAUUUGUAUUUCGUUUAUAGUUCAUAACACAUUCACAUAGAACAUGAAGUUUUUGGCCCAAUGAAAAUUAUAUCAUUAGAAAAUUAAAUGAAUUAAUUGUAAUUUAGAAAUGAUAAAUUGAGAGUUUAAAGGAUUUGCAAGUAUAUAUAUUUGUGACGAAUGCUCGAGAUGCAAUAUGUUAAUUUAGUGCCAAAUGAUAAGUUAACUCGUAGCAAUAUAUUGUAUCCUAAUGCUCUUGUGUAAUUUCUCACGUAGUGUUAAUGACCUAUGAGGUUUCGAAGGUUUCUUUUACAAGACUAUAAUAUAUUUAUACAGGGAAAGUGUUAGGUAUGUACUGUUGUUUGGAUUUAAGAGUGUUGUUGGGGUAAAAUACUCAUUGAGGCAGGGUGUAAAAAUAAAAGUACCUCGUCGUACAGCCGAACACUUGACCUAACUUCAACCUAGCAUAGUUUUGAUACCUACUUUUAUUUAAUUUGUUGUUUUAAAAUAAUAAUGAAAUUAUCGAAAUAAUAACUAACCUAACCUCCACCUGAGACAGGGUAAUGUCUUUAUACAUGAACAAGCUUCCCACGCUGUGAAUACAGUUAUUUUUACACUCUGAUCUUUAUAGCACUGAAUGAGCAAUGGAACAAGAGAAUUUAUUUACUCAAAUAAGUUUUUUUUUUAAUUAUUUACGAUAAUUUUGUACUAAAUUUAAUAUACAUUAUUUUGCAUUUUAUGAUUGUAAUGGCAGCUGUCCAUAUCAAAUGUGAACGAUACAAUCGGUCACUAUAAUUUAGGGUUUCAUAAAUAAAUUUAAAACGAUACAUCGAACAUGACACAUUGGGCACAAAUAUUAUAAAGAAAAUAUGUAUUUUUACUUUGCUUGCUAUUGUUAAAUAAUAAUUGAAAUCUAAUAACAUUGUUCCUGAUACUUUGGUCGUAGUAAGCUUUGUGAAACCCUAAUAAUUGUUAAUGUUGAGUGGGUGGGACGGCACUCGGUCGGCAAGCCGCGGGCGUCGCGCGCAGUGGCCCGACUGCGGCGCGGCGAGACUCGAGUCUGACCCGUCUCCGGCCGCGUCCGGUCCACUCCACCUUAGUUUUCACUGAGCAAAAAUCUUUAAACUUUUGUAUAUAAAGAGAACAACAUCGAUGCCACUGUGCUCUGAGAGGACACAGCGUUGUGCCAAAAUUACGUGCUAGUCUUUAAAAACAAAUGUUGUUAUCAUUUUCAGAUUUUAUUUAGUCCAGAAUGUGUUUGUUCCUGUGCUGUGAAAAUAUUUUCUAACAAACCAACACUCGGUGAUGGUGGUGGUGAGGGACAAUGUGGUCGCUUUGUUCUCGCGGUUAACGGUUCUUAGUUUUUAGUAUUGUAGAGUAUGAUAAUUAAAAGAAUAUUUCCUCACUGGAGUUCCUUAGAUAUAUCAUUUGGUAUAAUAACUCUAGGGCAAUCGUGGAAAUUAAAUUGCCGAAUCUACGGCGCUAUGAAUUCGGUCCUAUGUUGGAAAUUUGACCACAUUGUAAACUAAAAUUACGGAUUUAGAUCGACAACUAUAAUCAGAUCAUACACAUUGUAAAACUUUGACUUGAUAUUUUAUAAGCAUUAUGUAUCUAUUGUAAAUGUUUAUAUUCUACCUAAAUAGAGGCUUUUAUAUUUAGGUACACUACUUUUAGUCCCUUGAGACGUUCUGCUAGUUCCAAUCCAUCCACGUUGUAUUCUAUCUUGUGAUACUUCUAACUAUUAUCUCAUCAAUCUGUUUAAAUUCAGUUGUAACACUAGUUUACUAAUAGUGCCGAAACCUAAGGGCCAAGCAAAGCUUUGUGCCCGGUUGAAAAAUUCUCACUUUACAAAAUUGACAUGUUUGCCUGUGAUAUUAUUUUUCUAUUAGUUAGAUUAGUUUUAGGAACAUAAUCGCGAUAUUCGCAACAGCGGCUGAAAUUUGUCAUGGUCUAAUUUUCCUAUAAAAUUAAGUAACAGAUCGAGCGAGGCCAAGCUACUGAUGUUCCCGUGUACUGGAUUGUAGUUGUCGAUGGUUAAACUAUAGUGUGUCAUUAAAAGACGAGUCAUAAAACCUAAUUAUUUAGAGUUACGAAGUGUUGUGUUGGUUUGUUGUUAUAUUUAUAGUAUUUAUGAAAAAUGCACAUAAUAAUUUAGCUUUGAGCUUGUGCAAUAUUAUUCCAAAUUGUUUAUAGAUGAACUGUUAUAAUUAUUUCUAAAUUGUUAUAUAUUUUUAUAAACUUAAAAGACAAAGGCAACUUAAAUUAUAUUUUUGUUGUGCAUUUAUUAUCAAAUUUUAUCAAUAUUAAACCACAAACUCAUUGUGGACUGUAAUGUCUGCGUCUGUGAAAACUGUUAAUUAGGUACAGUAGAUGGUUUUUUUAUAUAUGCUAAUAUUGUGAGUCAAUUCUAGUAAUGUUAAUGUUCCCUUUUAUUUAGAAUAAUUUACGUUAAUAAACAAAUUAAUCUAAGAUUGCUCAACCAAGAUGCAAUGCUAACUGCAAUGUAGAUGUAUGGAAAUAAUUUUAUAUUUGUCCUUUUAUAUUAUUUAUCUGAUAUUUCAGUUUAUUCAUUUGUGAGUUAUGGCAGCGCAUGUUAGUCUUAUGUUUAUUCUUAAGAGAGGCCAAAUGUUGACUUGCUUAUGUGAGACUGUUUUGCCAAGAAUCAGAAAGUAUAUUAUUACCUACAUUGUUUUAAAAUAAAUGCUUUUAUAUAAAAUCCAAA